UAGGGUUCACAUAACGAGUCAACAUAGGGUUCACAUAACAUGUCAGCAUAGGGUUCACAUAACAUGUCAACAUAGGAUUCACAUAACGUAUCAACAUUGGGUUCACAUAACGUGUCAACAUAGGGUUCACAUAACAUGUCAGCAUAGGGUUCACAUAACAUGUCAGCAUAGGGUUCACAUAACGUGUCAACAUAGGAUUCACAUAACAUGUCAACAUAGUGUUCACAUAACGUGUCAACAUUGGGUUCACAUAACAUGUCAGCAUAGGGUUCACAUAACGUGCAAACAUAGGGUUCACAUAACGUGUCAACAUAGGGUUCACAUAACGUGUCAAUAUAGGGUUCACAAAACAUGUCAACAUAGGGUUCACAUCACAUGUCAACAUAGGGUUCGCACAACAUGUUAACAUAGGGUUAACAGGUGAUGCCAGCAUAGGGCUCACAAGGCAUGUAAACGCUGGGUUAACAGGUGAUGCCCGCAUAGGGCUUACAACGCAUGUAAACGCUGGGUUAACAGGUGAUGCCAGCAUUGGGCUUACAAGGCAUGUAAACGUUGAGAUUACAGGUGAUGCCAACAUGGGGCUUACAAGGCAUGUAAACGUUGGGUUAACAGGUGAUGCCCGCAUAGGGCUUACAAGGCAUGUAAACUUUGGGUUAACAGGUGAUGCCAGCAUAGGGCUUACAAGGCAUGUAAACGUUGGGUCAACAGGUGAUGCCAGCAUAGGGCUCACAAGGCAUGUAAACGCUGGGUUAACAGGUGAUGCCCGCAUAGGGCUUACAACGCAUGUAAACGCUGGGUUAACAGGUGAUGCCAGCAUUGGGCUUACAAGGCAUGUAAACGUUGAGAUAACAGGUGAUGCCAACAUGGGGCUUACAAGGCAUGUAAACGUUGGGUUAACAGAUGAUGCCAGCAUAGGGCUUAGAAGGCACGUAAACGUUGGGUUAACUGGUGAUGCCAGCUUAGGGCUUACAAGGCAUGUAAACGCUGGGGCAACAGGUGAUGCCAGCAUAGGGCUUACAAGGCAUGUAAACUUUGGGGCAACAGGUGAUGCCCGCAUAGGUCUUACAAGGCAUGUAAUCGUUGGGUUAACAGGUGAUGUCAACAUAGGGCUUACAAGGCAUGUUAACUUUGGGGCAACAGGUGAUGCCCGCAUAGGUCUUACAAGGCAUGUAAACGUUAGGUUAACAGGUGAUGCCAACAUAGGACUUACAAGGCACGUAAUCGUUGGGAUAACAGGUGAUGUCAACAUAGGGCUUACAAGGCAUGUAAACGUUAGGUUAACAGGUGAUGCCAACAUAGGGCUUACAAGGCAGGUAAACGUUGGGUUAACAGGUGAUGCCAGCAUAGGGCUUACAAGGCAUGUAAACGUUAGGUUAACAGGUGAUGCCAGCAUAGGGCUUACAAGGCAUGUAAACUUUGGGUUAACAAGUGAUGCCAACAUAGGGCUUAAGUCUUUCUUUAGAUGGUGUAGCUUGAUGUCUCCCAGUGUUGACAGCUAUUCUAAAGUUACUGCAUCUGAAGCGUGAUAAGAUCCUUUUUAAGCGAGAUGGAAGUGAUGAGUUCAGAUAGUAUUCAAUAGUCAGUAGGGAUUUAUAUUGUUUAUAUGAGUAAGAGUCAGA